AUGAAUGCGUUGUACGAAUUUCGCUCGCGGGGUGGGCGACCCGACAACAGCCCAGCCUUCUUCAGGCCGCGUUCGUGGCUCUUCUCGGCCGCCACCCCAGCAGGAAACCCGCUGAAUCAGAAGGCACUGGGAGUGUCCCAGCCUCCACAGAAUCCCCACUCGGACCCAACUCCUGCUGGGGGCUGGUACUCCUGGUUUAUGCCGCCGCAAAUCCCAAAUUAUCCCGCUGACUCCAUGUUCGUGAACUCGCUUGAAUUCCUCCCUGACCAGUCCACCAUGCAUUAUCCCGGAGCUCGUAUAGUGACGGCCGCAAGCUCGUACGCCUCCUGUUACGCUCCGGACGAGGCUCCUCUUGUCACCGUGUGCUCCAGUGACAACGACGACUCGCCUCCGAGUCUCGUAGACGCGCCGCUCGAUGCCGGGGGAAGUCCUUCAGAGGAGGACGAAACCAGUUUCAAUGUCCAGUCAGAUGACGUUCCGGAGGCUCACGACGGAGAGGCGUCCGCCGCCCCGCCUGACGACGACAAGCCUGCCUUGUAUCCGGAAGGAAAGCUCCACAGCUCCAAACAGAUUGUGCAUCGCGACGGCCUCACCGGCGAACUAGGCCACCGCAUAGUCAACGUGCUUACGAUCCACGAAAACCCCGGAGUCUACCUCAUGCCCAAUUUGUUGACAGACGAAGACUGCGAGCACCUCCUGCAGCUGUCCGAAGGCCGCUGGGAACGAAGCAAGACUAGUACAGGAUACGUCACUGAAGAGCCGACUGCCUACACUUCGGGCAAGAGCCCGUCAAGAACGAGCUGGUCUGUGCCCUUAGCUAUUGGUGAAACGAUGAUCGUGGAGAACAUCGAGCGGGUCGUAUCAGCUUUUGCGGGCAUGCCCGUCGACCAUCUUGAGCCGCUCGUCAUCGUGCGUUACGAGGAAGGACAGUACUUUAGAAAGCACCACGAUGGGGGUUUCCGACCCGUCACAGUCCUUCUGUAUCUAAACGAUGUGGAAGCUGGAGGCGAGACGAGUUUCGAUGUGUUGGGCUUCCGCGUCGCUCCAGUGAAAGGAGCAGCCGUCAUGUGGAACAACUCGUACCCAGGCACCAGUGACAUCGACCCCCGCCUCUUGCACGCUGGGCUUCCUCCAAAGAAAGGCGUCAAGUUUGUUGUCAACUGUUUCUUCAACAAGGAUCCGAUUCGGAAGCAACUACUGGAGCAUGCGAGUAAUUGA